UGACGCUGAGCAACCCCGUGGAAAAAGUGGCCUAUCUUAUAAUAUUCCAUAUUCUCUUUGUGCUCUUUGUGUGGACAUACUGGAAGUCCAUUUUUACUCUCCCGGUGCAGCCAGGCAAAAAGUACCAUAUGUCCUACGCUGACAAGGAACGCUAUGAAAAUGAAGAAAGGCCGGAGGUGCAGAGGCAAAUUCUCGCCGAAAUUGCAAGGAAGCUGCCCGUGUACACGAGAACGGGGAAUGGAGGUGUUCGAUUCUGUGACCGAUGCCAGCUAAUCAAACCCGAUCGCUGUCACCACUGUUCCGUUUGUGCUGUAUGUGUGCUGAAAAUGGAUCAUCACUGCCCCUGGGUGAAUAACUGCAUUGGAUUUUCUAACUACAAAUUCUUUCUGCUGUUCUUGGCCUAUUCCCUGUUGUACUGCUUGUACAUCGCUGCAACAGUCUUCAAGUAUUUCAUUAAGUAUUGGACAGGUGAACUGACAAACGGACGUUCCAAAUUCCACAUCCUCUUCCUUCUCUUUGUGGCGGUCAUGUUCUUCGUAAGCCUUAUGUUUCUGUUCGGCUACCACUGCUGGCUCGUUAGCAGGAACAGAUCUACUUUAGAGGCUUUCUCAGCUCCCGUGUUUCAAAAUGGCCCCGAUAAAAACGGAUUCAACCUUGGCUUUGUAAAGAACCUUCAGCAAGUGUUUGGAGAAGAAAAAAAGCUCUGGUUGCUCCCUAUUGCCUCUAGCCAGGGCGAUGGACAUUUUUUCCCAAUGAGAGCUUUGUGUGAAGCUCAGAACCCUCUCCUGGCAAACGAGGAGCAGUGGGAAGAUGAUGGAAUAGACGAAGAGCCUCAUGGUUCUGGCGAAGCUUCGUCCCUUGCCGUAGAAAGGGAGACGUAG